CAUGGCGUCAGACUUCAAAUUAUGUACUUGUGCAGUUUGCUUGAUAAAUAAAGGUAUCAGAUCAAAUCUUUAACACCUAUAACACCUUCAUUGCGCGAAAAAAUUCAAGAAUACAUCUGGCCAAACUUCGAUUCUGAUCUUGAAAUUUGUCCUUCUGUAGUUUGUUCCAACUGCAGAAGAAACUUAUUUAGUCUAAACAAAGGGGAGACUGCAUGUCUUUCUAACUGGUUAGAGACUAUAUCAAAGAUAAAUAGAAAUACUAUUAGGAGAACCUCUUCACUGCAAUGUAUUCAGACAGAUGUUGACCCAGAAUUGAAUUUUUCAAGUGUGAAUAAGAAAAUCUGUGGGCUCUGCUAUUUGCAUCUUGGUAUAGGAAUUUCUCAUGAUUGUUGCAAAAGUAAAGCUGUUAACAAUAUAAUUGAUAUUAGUGAAUCGCUUGGAUAUAAAGGUGCAGAGCAAGUAGCUUCUGGAUUGUUAAAACGUAAAAUGGAACGUGAAAACAUUGUAAGUGGAGAGCAGUUCGUGUUGUCUACUGGUGGAAAUCUUCUCUCUGUUACAGUUGGAGUAAAUGAAAAUAAGUCGAAAAGAAAGAAAGUAAAUCAAGUUUCAUUCCAAAUUAUUAUGGAGUUAUCGAAUGUAUUAGAACUCUCUAAGAACAAAACUAAAAAACUGUGUUCUACUUUACGCAGUAAUCUAACUGGUGUAGAAUCAAACAUUAAUAUUAAAAUGACUGAAUUACAGGAUACUCUAGAAACUUUAUAUAAAUGUAAAACUGAAGAAUUCCUUGACGGUGAUGAAAUAGUUGUUAGAGAUAUAGUUUAUGUCAAGAAUUCAACUGAAUUUAUCAAAUUUAUAAUUGAUGAAAGAGGUAUUGAUACCCCUAAUGCAAUAGCAAGAAUAUCUAUAGAUGGUGGUCAAAACUUCCUUAAAGUUAUUAUUAAUGUUUUUGAUCCAAAAAAUCAUUAUUCUUCAUCCGAAAUGUAUAAAGAUUCUGGUGUGAAACGUUGUUUUAUCCUUGCGAUUGUGGAGAUGGUUUCAGAGGAUAAUGGCAAUCUCCAAAAAUUAUUGGAACUUUUGAAACUCGAAGAAGUAGAUUUCAGUUUAGCAUUUGAUUUAAAAUGUGCAAACAGUGUUUUUGGACUUUCAAGUCAUUCUGGCAAAUAUGCUUGUCUUUAUUGUGAAGGAGAAUGCUCCCUCAAAGCAAGGAAACUAAGAACAUUGGGUUCCAUAGACUUAUGUUAUGAUCAAUAUGUAUGUGAAGGAAAAAAAAGACGAAAAAUGCAGGAUUACAAAAAUGUUAUAAAUCCUCGUUUAAUAUACUUAAAAGAAAAUCAAGAAACAAUUCUUGAACACAUUGUUCCUCCUCCUGAGCUCCAUAUUAUGAUGGGAGUUGUGGAUAAACUUUGUACUAUGCUUUUAUGCGUUUGGCCACCUUUUCAAAAUUGGUUAAAAACACAUUACAUAUUAAUGAGAGGAUACCAUGGAGUAGGUUUAGAUGGAAACAAUGCUAAUAAAUUUAUGUCCUUGUUAGAUGUUUUGGAGAGGGAUGUUACCUUAACUGCAACGAUUGAUAUUUUACCAAUAAUUAAUUGUGUGCGUAAGUUUUCAUUAGUAAAAUUAGCAGUGUUUGGUUUAGAAAUGGGUGCAGAUAUUUCUGCUAAAAUCGAAGACUUUAAAUGUUCUUUUUCAAGUCUCCAAUUGUAUGCAAAAGAUAUUUUUGACUAUGACUUGAAAGUUUCCUGGAAAAUACAUAUUUUAGUGUGUCAUAUUCUUCCCUCUAUAGAACACAAUAAUAUUAGCUUAGGAAACUAUGCAGAACAAUGUGGUGAAGCUGUUCACCACAUAUUUAAAAAAACUUGGGUGAACUUUAAAAUAACUAUAGGUCACAAAAAUUAUGGAAAAAAGCUAAAAUUUGCUGUAGUUAAUUUUAAUUUAAAUAAUCAGUAGCAUUAAUAUAAUAUGUGUUAUAUAUUUAUUUGUUAUAUGUGUUUUUUGUAAACGAAGUUAAUAAAUGUUGAUGGUUUAUUUUGACCACCAUAAUGGCUGACUUUAAUCAAAAAGCGAAAAAUUAUCAGUUAUAAUUUUGAAAAAUAUGUACUUAGCACUUAGUUCAGAUUUUUAUGACAACUUAAAUUGUGUUUACUAAUGCAUAUGAUUAAUUAAAUGCAAAAAAAUCAGGAGUGGGGAGAGUUUUAACCUGGCGGUCAAUUUAGAGAACAGUGUCCUUCCUGUAAUGUUUUUAACUAUGAUGAAACAAAUUUGUCAGAUAAUCCUGGAACUAAACUAUGUAUUUUUAAAAGAGGGAUGAAAUAUCCUGAACGUAUUGAGAACAGUAGUAAAAGUGUUACGUCAAUCAUGUUUUGUGGUUCAGCCUUUGGUCAAAUGCUCCCAGCUUAUGUUCUUUAUAAAGCUGACCAUGUAUGCACAACAUGGACUGAAGGUGGACCACCUAAUGUACAAUUCAAUCGAAGUAAGUCAGGAUGGUUUGAUUCUGUUUGUUUUUCUGAUUGGUUUAAAACAUCUUCCAGGAACCAAAGUUCUAAUUGGUGAUAAUCUUAGCAGUCACUUUAGUGAAAAGGUACUUAAAUUAGCUAAAGAAAACAACAUCUUGUUUGUUUGCUUAAUUGCAAACUCUACCCAUUUACUGUAACUACUUGAUGUUGCAUUUUUUGGACCACUUAAAAAAUAUUGGAGAAAAAUACUUAAUGAAUGGAAAAUUUCGUGUUCAAAAAAAACACAGACAAUUACAAAAGACAAAUUUCCUUCUUUAUUAAAAAAAUUAUAUACUUAUAUAUAUUCGCCAGAUCAAGAGGUAAGCAGCACUUUAGUAGCUGGUUUUAAAAAAUGUGGUAUUUACCCAUUGAAUGCAAAUAUUGUCUGCAAUCGUUUACCAGAUGCUGAUAAAAAUGUUGAAAGUUUUAAAAGCAAAGUUAGCCAAGCUUUAAUUAAUGUACUUAAGCGAUUGCGUUGUGUUGAUGACCAGGAAAAAGAAAAACCAAAGCGAAAAAAAAAAUUACAGUUGAUCCUGGUAAAAGUUCUUUAGAGGAUUUUUGAGCGACAUUUAAUGAUGUUCCACAUGCAUCGUCUUUUCUUAGUGAAACUAUUGUUUCAUCUGAGUUGCCUUCUACUCCUGAACAUAAAAAACUAAAGAAUGAAGAUUCUUUUUAUGCAGGUCUUGUUAAAACAUACCCGGUAAGACAAAAAAAAAACCAUUUAGGUAAAAUUUUAUUACAUAUUAUAUUAUAAAAAUAUUAUUGUAUAUUAUAAUAUUUGAGUGAUGAUAACUAAUAUGAACCUA